AUGGCGGGCCAGUUCCAGGCGUCGCGCUUCAAGGUGCGGCUGGAGAGCGAUGACGGCGAGCAGCGCGUGACGGUGGUCGUCGGCAUGGACGGCCUGAAGAUCAUGAACGAGGCCGGGUCGAUGACUAAGCGCUCCUUGGACCUCAAGCACAUCAGCAGGUGGUCCACCAUCGGGCGUGACAGCCUGGUGGUGUACACCCAGACCCCCGUUGACCUGGAGGAGCGCCAGCUGUGCCUCACGGGGGACCCCACCACGAUACAGAGCCUGCUGGACACGCUCACCUGCAACUGCAUGCAGUGA